GCGACGCCAACGCGACAGGAUGGCCGGCAAGUUGGUGGUCCUGCUGCCCCUGGCACUCCUGGCCCUGACCGGCGCCCCGACCGGCGCGCGCGCCGCCAGCACCGCGAAAUGCGGCGAGGGUGCCUGCAGCGGGCUGCGACACCUGCACCACUACUACGAGGAGCUGGGCUGCACCCCCAUCACCAAGGAGGGCGAGUGCUGCCCCAGCAGCUACGACUGUGGACACAUGGCGACGCGGGACAAGUCUCGCUGCUACUUCAAGGGUGCCGCCUUGGACGUGAGGCCGGACUUCGAGCUGCUGGACCCAUCCGUCUGUCUGGCCGGCUGCUUCUGCAGACAGACCAAGGAGGCCAACGCAGUGGCGUCCCUGACUUGCGCCCAAAUCGAGUGCCCGUCGCUGUUCAACCCCUCGCUCAUCCCGGAGGGCUGCGUCGCCACCUACUCCAUGGACAAAUGCUGCUCUGACGGCGUCCUAUGCCAGCAAAACACGACCGCCGAGACGGCCAAGUGCGAGUGGAAGGGCGAGACGUACCUGGAGGGCCAGAAGUUCUACCCCGACGAGGAGCCCUGCAAGACCUGCAUCUGCAAGCGAGGCUUUGACGGCACGCUUAACGGUCCCUGGUGCAAGGAGGCGACGUGCGGGCUGGAGCUGCACCACACCAGGGACCUGGCGAGGGGCUGCGCGCCCGUCUUCUGGAAGUCCACCUGCUGCCCCAUCGAGUGGCGGUGCCCCGCCGAGGACGACGUCGUAGUGGCCGCGGUCACGACCAAGAACCCCGCCCCGGCCGAGGCCGACGCCGCGUCGUGCAAGUGGGGCUCCCUGACGCUGCGGCGGGGCGACGGGCUCAGCGCCCCGAAGAGCGGCGGCGCCUGCGAGACGUGCCGCUGCGACGUGCCGCCCCACGUCACUUGCAACCGCGGCGGCGAGCCCUGCGCCGCCCCCGAGGUGGCCGCCCCCGAGGCCGCCGCCGCCUCCGAGGGGGUCCCCGUCGACGCGGCCACUGGCAGCACCAGGACCGCGCGCAGCUACACCUGUGCUAACGUGCGCUGCGUCUCCAAGUGCGUCAUGAAGGACGGCCACCCUCACUGCGUCGGCAAAGAGUAACUGGAGAAGAACUGCCGCGCAUCCAUCGCAUCACACUGUAAAAACAAAUUCCUUUUCAUCAUUGUAAAAAUUAUACGAGGUUUUCAUAG